AUGAGCAUGAACAUGAUCCGUCACAUUGUUGAAUCACAUCUGAUCCAGUCACCAACAUAUGCGAAGCUUACUAAUAGAGAAAAACAUGACCUUCACGCUAAGCUACUCCAUAGCACGUUUGCUGCCAAUACGAGCUACAACAAGUUUGCAAACAGAUCCACAGCAUCAGAGGUUAGCGAGGAAGCUCCUGACUUCUCAUAUGAGCCAGCGCCUCAACCUCCAUCACCUGCUAAGCCACAAACACACUCUAAAGCACGUAGGGAACGCAUAUUUCAUGGAGAUUUCACUCCAACAGGCAGUGAUAAAUCACUUGAAACUGAAAUCGAGAAGUAA